CGCGGUAUGACCAUGCGGAAGUAGACAGUCCGACAGACAGAGUCGUUGUGUUUUAGCGGAAAGUAAUAAACAACCAACUAUUAGAUAGAUACCUGCGUCCGUGUACACACUACACGCUGUCAAUGGUCAGGAUGAGUGUGAAGCAGUGUCUGGAGGGUCAGGUGUACUCUGUGCCUCUGAUACAGUCAGACCUGAGGAGGGAGGAGGCUGUUCACCAGAUAGCAGACACCCUGCUCUACCUAGAGACUAUCUCUACUGACAUCUUUACCAGAGUGUCUGAGAGUGUAGAGCGGAACCGCUGUCAGCUGCAGAGUGUGACAGAUCGAAUCAGGCUAGCCCAGGCCCGUGUCAACAAGAUCAAAGGUAGCAAGAAGGCCACCAAGGUGUUCUCCAGUGCUAAGUAUCCAGCUCCAGAGCGUCUCCAGGAUUACUCCUCCAUCUUCAGUGGAGCCACAGACCCUGCCUCCCAGACACGCCCCCGAUAUCGCAUACAGGCCAAACUACGACCCCUUGACGACAAGGCCCUGCAGGAGAAGUUGUGUUAUUACCCAGUGUGUGUGAGCAGUAAGAAGCGUUCGGAGGAUGAGACCGAAGAGGGGCUGGGCGGUCUGCCUCGUAACAUAUCCUCUGUCAGCUCCCUGCUGCUGUUUAAUACUACAGAGAACCUGUAUAAGAAGUAUGUUUUCCUGGACCCACUGGCUGGGGCGGUGACUAAAACACACACCACUCUGGAGACAGAGAAGGAAGAGAAACCAUUUGACGCUCCCCUAUCCAUAACCAAGAGAGAACAGCUGGAGAGACAGACAGCAGAGAGUUACUUCUAUGUUCCAGACCUGGGUCAGGUCCCAGAGAUAGACGUCCCCUCCUACCUACCAGACCUGCCAGGCAUUGCUGACGACCUGUCCUACAGCCAAGACCUGGGGCCCGGCAUCGCACCCUCUGGACCCACACACACCUUCCCUGAACUACCCUCCUUCUCUGGGGAGGACAUGCCCGGUUCUCAAUUCCAAGUUGCAGUCCAGCCUCCUCCCCCACCUCCCCCUCCCCCACCACCAGAGCCCACACAUGUCCCCACCCCUCCCCCUGGUCUCCCCCCUCCUCCACCUCCUCCCCCACCAGAGCCUGCAAAUAGCCCUGCAAACGCCAGCACAGCUCCUGUAGUGGGCGCUCCCAGCGAGGUGGUUGAAUCAAACAGCCGGGCCAGUCUACUAGAGUCCAUACGCAACGCUGGAGGCAUUGGAAAGGCCAAACUACGCAACGUCAAAGAACGCAAGAUGGAGAAAAAAAAACAGAAGGAGCAGGAACAAGUGGUAGCAGCAGCCAGUGGAGGAGACUUCAUGUCAGAUCUCUUCAAUAAGUUGGCCAUGCGAAGGAAAGGUAUCUCUGGUAAGGGUCCUGUAGGUGGGGACUCAGGGGAGGGCCCAGCUGGAUCUGGCAGCGCAUUCGCUAGGAUGUCCGAUGUAAUCCCACCUCUUCCUGCCCCCCAUCAGCCAACCACUGAAGACGAGGACGACUGGGAGGCCUGAGACUAGCCAAUCAGAACCAAUGGAACUCUGAGCACAUCUAGCUCUAAGCCAAUCAAAGAAAAGAAUACUGAGGAAGGAAACUAACGCUUGAUAUAUUUUUUUUAACCUUUAUUUAACUAGGCAAGUCAGUUAAGAACAAAUUCUUAUUUACAAUGACGGCCUACCCCGGGCCAAUUAUGCGCCGCCCUAUGGGACUCCCAAUCACGGUUGGAUGUGAUACAGCCUGGAUUCGAACCAGGGACUGUAGUGACACCUCUUGCACCGAGAUGCAGUGCCUUAGACCGGGAUCCCUAAAAAACAAAUGUGAUACUGUCUGUAGGGUUCCUUCAAGAUCAGGGAUGGGCAACUAAGGUGCAGUUUUGACAUUUGGUUGUGCAUCAGCAGUCACUCAAUUAGCCCAUGUCAGCUAAAAUGAUUUAGUCUAGUGGCCAGCUAACUUACCAAUCUAUCUAAACUUGUAGUAAGCAUUGUUGAAUUGCAAACCCACGAGCCACUGCGGCUGUUCGUGAGUUCCGUUUUUUGUGUGGCCCCCACAGCCCAUCAAAGUUGCCCAUCCCUGUUCCAGAUGAUACACAAAUGUACUGAUCCUUAUUGAGAGAAUACUGGACAAACAACUACAGGAGAUAAGUCAGACCUCAUCUCAGCAUUAUUAAGUAUAAUCAAGUAACACGUAAAUAUAAUUACAUAACUAACACACUAAAGCAGCACAACAUUUCUAUCAGAAUGUUAUGAACAUCAUUCAAUAAAAAUUAUUUUGCAUAAAA